AUGAAUAAAAAAAGUAUUCAAAAACUUUUAAAAAAAGCUGAUCAAAUUAAGCAAUUAGAUUCACAAAAUAAUUCUAAAGAAAAAAUCGAUAUUUAUCAUGAAGCAGCACAAGCAUGUCAAUCUAUUGGCAACUAUGAUGAAGCAAUAAAAUAUUACAAUCUCGAAUUAUAUGAAUCUCAAUUAGCUGAUUUACAUGAUGAUAUUCUUUACUGUUAUCGAUUUUUAGGUGAAUGUUAUUUAUACAAAAAUGAAUUUUAUACAAGUGAAAGAUAUCAUUUAAAUUUUUUAUCAUUAGCAAAACAGUAUGAUAAUGAUGAACGUAUUGAACAAGCAUAUACAUGUUUAGCAAAUACAUAUUGGAUAUGGUUAAGUUAUUUACAAGAUGAUAUACUUUACGAUUGUAAAUAUGAUCAGUUUCCACGUGAUUUAUGUAAACGAAGUUUAGAUGCAGCAAAAAAUAGUUUAUUAAUUAUUAAAAAACUUGAUGAUAAAUUAGAAAUUAAUGUAAGAGAAAAACAUUUAUUUAGAGUAAAAAAUAUUGAACAAAGACAACAAGAUUUAGCAUUAAGACGUGUUAGAAGUUAUAUAAAUAUUGCGAAUGCUAUGGGUGAAAAAUAUAUAAACGACGGUAAAGAUAAUGCAAAUCUUCAAGCUUUUAGUCAAUAUAUUAAAAAUGCUGUAGAACUUUCGAAAAAGUAUAAUUUUUAUGAAGAAUUAACACGUCUUCAUUCGUCUCUAUCAGGCUUUUAUCUUUUCUUACCAAACUAUUUACAGUAUAAAAAAGAAAUCAUUGCUACUAUGAAACAAGCGAUACAUUAUGCUCAAUUAACAAAAAAUGCCAAUGAAUAUCUAUCAUGUUUAUAUGAUAUAGCUCAAACAUUGAUUUCAUUCGAUCAAUAUGAAGAUGCUAAAUUUUAUCUCACGAAAAUUUAUCGUUAUAAAAAAAUUGAUGAUUCAUUAAGAGAAAAAGCGUUUCAAGAUUUAGCUAAUGUUCAACAUAUACUUGAAGGUCUUGAAAAUCUGUAUGCAAAAGAAACUGAUUUAAGAAAAAAAAUCUAUUUAGCAGAGAAAUGUGCUGAUACAUUUUCUCAUCUUAGUCGAUAUGAACAAAGCAAAAACUAUUAUCUUAAACAAUUAAAACAUGCUCAAGAAUUAAAUUUAGAUGAAAAUCAAAUGGCAACUAUUUAUUCAUCACUUGGUUGUAUUUAUCAAGAUUUAAAAGAAUGGCAGUUAAGUAUUGAUUAUUUUCGACGUGAAAUGAGUUGUCGUAUUGGUUUAGAUGCUAAUGCUGAUAUUGAACAAGGUUAUUCACUUUGUGAAAUAAUUAAAUGUGAAUAUCGUCUUAAAAUCGAUCUUAAUGCACGAAUAAGAACAUUUGAACGAGUAUUAAUUAUUGCACGAUCGACAAAUGAUAAAAAUUUAAUUAGAAUGACAGUUGCACUUGUAUUUGCUAUGAAAUUACGUGAUUCACAUAUAUAUUUAAAUGAUGAUUUAGAAGAAUUUAUGGCGAAUAUUCAACCACCUAUAACUGAAGAAAACUAUAGUGAAAUUUUACGAUGUUCUGAACAUUGUUCUAAUGAAAUUACAAAUUUAACAGAAUCAGAUGAAAAUCUAACAGAUAGUGCUGAUAGCAUAGAAGAAAAUCACAAAAUAAUACAACAUAGGAAAGGUUUAAUGAAAAUAUAUUCUUCUCAUGAAAAUCGUCUACAUUUAGCAUGUAAAGAAAAAAAUGGUUUAGAAAAAAUCAAACAAUAUAUUAUUGAAGGGGACAAUAUCAAUAUUCCUAAUUCUUAUGGUUGGACACCAUUACAUAAUGCCGUUAAUUAUGGACAUGUUGAUAUUGUUCGAUAUCUUCUUGAUCAUAAAGCAAAUAUUAAUGCAAAAACCAAUAAUGGCAUAACUGCUCUUAUUAGUGCAUGUUAUAAUAAAUAUUUAGAUAUUAUUGAAAUCUUGCUGAUAUACGAUGCACAAAUUGAUAUUCGUACAAAUAAUGGUUACACAGCUGUUGAUUAUUUAACUGAUUGUAAUAAAAAUAUAUCAUCAGAUGAUCAUUGGAAAUUGAAUCGUUUCAAAGAACUACUUUUAGCUGCUCUACGAAAAAAUGAACCAAUUUAUUGUAUACAACAAAUUAUUCGAAAUGAUUUUGAUGGCAAACAAACAAUAUUGACAAAUAGAAAUUAUAUGAAUAAUCGAUCUCAUCAUAAAACUAUUCGAACAAGUCGUAAUAUGAUAAAAAAUCGACGAUUACGUCAUAAAAAGAAAAAAAAUACACAUGAUAAUUGGGAUACUGAUGAAGAUAGUUGGAUUGUUAAUGAUCGUGAAUGUAUUGAUAUAAUACCAAAAAUACAAAGAGAACGAUUACAUUCACCAUUCUAUACACCUGUACGAAAACGACAAUGUACAAUGACUGAUAAUCAAUCUUUACUAUCAAAUGAUAUUGAAAUUUUUAACAAUAAUAAUUUCGAUUUCUUGAUAUCAUUUCAAAAAGAUUUACCUAUUUCAUCAUUUCAAACAAUGACACCAAAAUCAACAAUAAGAUCUCGACAAGUAUCAACAACAUCAUCAAUCAAUACAACAAUCGUUCUUUCACCUUCUAUCUUACAUGAUACAACUAUAAGAAUUAUUCGAUGUGCAGCUAAUACAAGUGAUCAAACAACUCAAGAUAAAAGACUUAGAAUACCAAUAUCAUCAUCAGAUACUGUAACUAAUCUUCGUUAUCAAGUUCUGAAACGUUUAUAUGAUAGUUUUAAUAUAUGUGCUUGUUUUGUUAUCCUUUACGACAAGGAAGAUUGGGAAUUAGGUAUAUUUGAAAGUGAUACUAUUCAAUUAACUAUACCAACUGAUGAAUCUGAUAUUAAAGCAAUUUAUAUUGAAAAAAAUCCAAUUAUUGUGUAUGAAGAAAUUUGUAAAGAAAUGGGUUUAGUUGUUUAUUCAAAUAUUCGGACCAUAUUAAAAAUGUUUUUUGAUAAAUUCGAAUUAUCACUUCAACGAUUAAGUUUAAGAUUAGAACAAGCCAUUAAAAAUAAUUUAACGGAUGAAAUAUUUGAUCAAUUAUGUAAAUUAACAUUAGAUCAGCUUAAAUCAUUAAAUUUAUCAAAAAAUAAAUUUACAUCGAAUGGUAUUGGAAAAUUAUUUGAAGAAAAAACAAUGGUUAAAAUGGCUGAUUUAAAUACCGUAGCUGAAGAAACUCCUGUCGAUCCUUCCAGUUCAGAAAAACGUAGUUCGAAACCACGUGUUUCUGUUCCACGUAACUCAAUUUUAAUCGGUACUAGUGGUGCUGGUACUAGUGGUUUUGGAGCAACUGCUGCAGGUGCACGAGCUCGUCGUCAAUCAUCACGUGCUUCAAUUCCUCGUGCUGGAUUUGAUCGUCGACUUAUUCGAUAUGAAAAUACAUAUCGAAUGGAACCUGAUGAUGAUCACAAAGCUGAUAUAGCUCGAUUACGUCGUGUUGCAACAAGUGUUAUUGAAACAGCUAUAUCUGGUUAUAAAUAUGAUCCAAAUCAAGGAAAACAAUUUUCUUUAGCAUUAGCUGAACGUGUACGUAAUCAAAUAAAACAAUUACCAUUUCAACGUUAUAAAAUUGUUGUACAAGUAUCUAUUGGAGAAAAGAAAGGUCAAGAUUUACGUGUAGCUAGUCGAUGUAUAUGGGAUUUAAAAUGGGACCGUCAUUUAACAAUUUCAAAAGAAACUUCAGAUGCUUAUGUAACUGUAACAAUUUUUCUUGUUUACACCGAAUAA